GGUUGGUUAUACCUUCAUCAGGAAAUAGUGUGAUCAUUUCCAUCCCUUGAAUUCAGACUCAACAGUGCGUCUUUAUUCUUCCUAAAAAACAAAACAAAACCAGGAGAUCCUUAGUGUUUGUGACCUGCUGUAACCAUCAUGAACACACUGAACCAGCAGUAUGAGGAGAAGGUCCGGCCCUGCAUCGACCUCAUCGACUCCCUCCGUUCUCUGGGAGUAGAGAAGGACCUGGCGCUGCCUGCCAUCGCCGUGAUCGGAGACCAAAGCUCCGGGAAGAGUUCAGUGUUGGAGGCGCUGUCAGGGGUGGCUCUGCCCAGAGGAAGUGGUAUUGUGACACGGUGCCCACUUGAACUGAAGAUGAAAAGAAAGAAAAAGGGAGAGGAGUGGUAUGGACGGAUAUCCUACCGGAAUCAUGACGAGAAGCUAAACAAUCCUGCCGAUGUGGAGAGCAAGAUUAGAGAAGCUCAAGAAAGUUUGGCUGGGGCCGGGUCGGGGAUCAGUGAUGAGCUCAUCAGUCUGGAGAUCGCCUGUCCUAAUGUUCCAGAUCUGACACUGAUUGACCUGCCGGGCAUCACCAGGGUGGCCGUGAAGGAUCAACCAGAGAACAUUGGAGAUCAGAUAAAAUCACUAAUUGAAAAGUUCAUUAAAAGACAAGAGACCAUCAGCUUGGUGGUCGUUCCAUGCAAUGUGGACAUUGCCACCACAGAGGCUUUGAAGAUGGCACAGGAAGUGGAUCCAGAUGGAGAGAGGACUCUGGGUAUCUUGACCAAACCUGAUCUGGUUGACAAAGGCACAGAACAGACAGUAAUUGAAAUCGUCCGUAAUGAGGUUAUCCAUUUGAAGAAGGGCUACAUGAUUGUCAGGUGCAGGGGUCAGAAGGAGAUCACAAAGAACGUGUCCCUCAGUGAAGCUAUCCGAAAAGAGAAAGCCUUCUUCAAAGAACAUGCAUUUUUCAAUGUGCUUUAUGAUGACGGCCAUGCCACUAUUCCUAAAUUGGCUGAAAAUCUCACUCUGGAGCUUGUGCAUCAUAUUGAGAAGUGUCUGCCUCAACUGGAAGAGCAGAUAAAGAAUAAACUCAUCCAAACUAAUGCAGAGCUGCAGAGAUAUGGUGAUGGACCUCCAACCGAUAAAAGUGACAAUGGCAGUUUCCUUAUUGAUAAAGUGACUGCAUUUCUUCAGGAUAUGAUCAGUCUCACAACAGGGGAGGAACAAAAAUUUGGAGAAAAUAUCUACUACACACUGAGACAAGAGUUUGAGAACUGGAGGUCUCGAGUAGAGAACUCUGGCCGAGCAUUCAACUCGAAACUCGAAAAAGAGGUUGCUCAGUAUGACAUAAGGUAUCGUGGUAGAGAAUUGCCAGGAUUCAUCAGCUACAAGACUUUUGAGCGAAUGAUCAAAGAGCAGAUCACACUUCUCGAGAAGCCUGCUGUUCAGAAACUCGAAGAUGUAGCAGAAAUGAUAAAGGAACGGUUGUUUAAUCUGGCAGAGAACAGUUUUGUUGGAUUCCCGAACCUCAUUAAUGCAGCUAAGUUUCAGAUUGAAGCCAUCAGUCAGGAGAAGAAAACUAUUGCUGAGUCUAUGCUGAGGACUCAGUUCAAGAUGGAGUCGAUUGUUUACACCCAGGACAGCAGAUACAGCAAAAAGUUAGGGAAGCGGAAGAGAGAGGAAGAUGCACUCAAGGGGUUUAACCAUAUCAGAGCAGAAGGUGACACCUCAGCCACCCUGAAAGAGAUGAUGAAACAUCUGAAAUCAUACUACCAAAUUGCUGGUAGUCGUCUGGCUGAUCAGAUCCCCUUGGUGAUUCGCUACCAGAUGCUGAAGGAAACUGGAGUCCAGCUGCAGAGGGAGAUGCUGCAGAUGCUUCAGGACAAGACGAGGAUUGAGCUCCUGCUUAAAGAAGACUGCGGCAUAAAGAACAAGAGAGCCAAUCUACAGGGUCGCUGUAAACGCCUGACAAAGGCACACGCUCGCUUGUCUGAAUUUCACAACGCCAGGAUGAUUGUGUUCUAGAUUUAAAAUCAAGGUCAAGUUUAUUUAUGUAGCACAUGUAAAAUGCCACAAAGUACCCAAAGUGCUGUACAAACUUGGAGAUAAAAAUACAAGAUAUGUAAAAACUAGUAAAAACAAGUGUUGCUAGGCACAAGAAACCCCGCCCCUCACACAUAUUGUAGCUUAUUUUGGCAUCGAUCCAGCUGAUGUCAUCAUGUCUAUGCGUGUGGUGAUGUCAGCAUAACAGUUGCUUCUAUAUAUGUGCCAAGUUUGAAGUAAA